AUGGCAAAAAAAAGUGGCCAGUCCGGUCAGGCUGAGGGGUCCUCGGCGUCCAUUACAGUUGAAAGUUGUACAGCUGUUGUCGCCGACUUAGAUUCGUGAGGCGACUUGCGGAUUCUUCGCCUAUGUGACCUAUCGAUCACAGAAUACUGGUGAUUGAAAUUCCAACGAAGGUGCAGUGUUUUCAUAGAUCUCGUCAUUCAUCUGCGAUCUGAGAUACAGAGUUGUAAAUAGAGUUGUUAAAUUGGGUUGUGAAAUUGAGCCUGGUGCGGAAUUCAAUUCUCCCGCUUCUUGCUUGUACAAGCCCUUAUUGGCAAUAAACCUCAAUCAUCCAUCUUCAUCAUCGUGGUUUCUUCUUUUUGCACCUAUUUUUGGAUUGCAGUAAGGGGGAAUUUGCCCCUCUUGAGCAGAAGGUGGCUCAGCCCCUGCAUCAUGUGGUUGCUCGUGUCAGGUUCUCCGUCUGUCCCUUCCUUGCUUGUAAGGUUAAUAGUAUAAGAGAUAUGCCGAAGAGUGGGAGUCUUUCCCGAAAUUCUACUGGCAGUAGUAAUGCUACGAUCAAUAAGGCAUCGUCAUUAAGAGUUCUGACACCUCAACAAUCUCUUAGACGCUUGGGAUUGUGUUCCCAGAUAGCAACUGGGGUCCAGCACUCAUCUCCUACUGUGUUUCCUGAAAAGCGUGGUAAAGUGAAGGCCUCGAAGAGGAGCAGUGAGGUCAGUGCUCACAUAACUGCUCGUGCUGAUGAUCAGGAAGCAACAAACAAUUUUGAGCAUAGGAUUGACAUAGGAGGUGGAGAUGAGAAGUCUGAUUUGUUGGGAUAUGUGGUUUUUUCUGGAAAGCUAGUUUUGGAUAAGAGAAAGCCUUCGUUGAAUAACAACAGCAAUGCUCAACAGACGUCUUCUGAUACUGCUAGUCAAGAAGCUGUAGAUGCCAAACUAACGAGCAAAGUUUUAGUCUGGGGAUCUAAUGUGCUGCAACUUGAUGAUAUCAUUUCGGUUUCUUAUAAUGUUGGUCUCAGGCAUUUCACUGUUCACUCAUACCCAGUGAAAAAGGCAGCAUGUGGCUUUUUGAGUUUUACUAAACCUCGAAGAAUUCGGAAGGAUUUGCGCUUUGUGGCAUCAACUGUAGAAGAGGCAGUUCAAUGGGUUGGUGGAUUUGCAGAUCAACAGUGUUUUGUGAAUUGUCUCCCUCAUCCUUUGGCAUCCUCUAAGAAGCAAGCAUCCUCAGAAUUACUUCCUACAGAUACCCCUCCUGAACUGCUCUUUAGAUGUAAAAGUCCACCUAAGAUGCUUGUGAUAUUAAACCCACAGUCAGGACGAGGUCGUUCAAGUAAAGUUUUCCAUGACAUUGUGGAACCAAUAUUUAAGCUUGCAGGUUUUCGAUUGGAGGUAGUCAAAACUACAUCUGCUGGUCAUGCUAAAAAGCUUGCAUCAAGUGUUGACAUCAGCAGUUGCCCUGAUGGAAUUAUAUGUGUAGGUGGAGAUGGGAUAAUCAAUGAGGUUUUAAACGGUCUUCUUAGUAGAGAUAAUCAAAAGGAAGGAAUAUCUAUACCAAUUGGAAUUGUACCUGCUGGUUCUGAUAAUUCACUUGUAUGGACUGUUCUUGGUGUUCGGGAUCCAAUUUCUGCAGCAAUGGCAAUUGUGAAGGGAGGGCUCACUGCUACUGAUGUUUUUGCAGUUGAAUGGAUUCAGACAGGAAUUAUUCACUUUGGAUUGACAGUUUCGUAUUAUGGUUUUGUUAGUGAUGUAUUGGAACUUUCCGAGAAAUAUCAGAAGCGAUUUGGUCCACUGAGAUAUUUUGUUGCUGGAUUCCUCAAAUUCUUAUGCUUGCCGAGGUACAGCUAUGAAGUGGAGUAUCUUCCAGUGACAAAAGAUGAGAGAGAAGGAAAAUUUUCUAUUGAUAAUGAAGUAGUUGACAUGUCUGACCUGUACACUGACAUAAUGGCAAGACCAAACAAAGAUGGAAUACCCAGAGCAUCUAGUCUCUCUAGUAUUGAUUCAAUAAUGACUCCAAGCCGUGUGUCUGAAGGGGACCUGGAUACCUGUCUUGCUCAUGCUAACUCUGAGCCUUCGGAGUUGGUUCGUGGUUUAGAUCCAAAGUCAAAGCGCCUAUCAUCUGGAAGGAGCAAUGUGACAGCAGAACCAGAAGUCAUCCAUCCGCAGCUGCCUCUUUCAACAACUCCUAAUUGGCCAAGGACCAGAUCGAAGUCAAGGACUGAUAAAGGAUGGACUGGCCUGACUGUUGCUACCACACAUGAUAAUUCUAGGUGCUCAUGGGCCAAUGCUACAACAAAUGAUCGAGAGGAUAUAUCAUCAACACUGUCUGAUCCAGGUCCAAUCUGGGAUACUGAACCAAAGUGGGACACUGAGCCUCAUUGGGAUGUUGAAAAUAAAAUUGAGCUGCCUGGGCCAUCAGAUGAGACACAAACCGAAUCUAAAAAGGAGAUUGUGCCCCGCUAUGAAAACAAAUGGGUUAUUUCUAAGGGACAAUUCCUUGGUAUUCUAGUUUGCAACCAUGCCUGCAGAACUGUUCAGAGCUCUCAGGUUGUGGCUCCCAAAGCUGAGCAUGAUGAUGGAUCUUUAGAUUUGCUCUUGGUUCAUGGGAGUGGAAGGCUAAGACUGUUGAGAUUCUUCUUGCUUCUACAGAUGGGUCGACACCUUUCACUGCCAUAUGUUGAAUAUGUCAAGGUAAAAUCUGUGAGGAUAAAGCCUGGGAAGCACACUCAUAAUGGAUGUGGUAUUGAUGGUGAGCUUUUCCCACUUGAUGGCCAAGUCGUUUCUACACUACUUCCAGAACAAUGCAGGUUAAUUGGUCACUCACAUAAUACCUCUUACGCAUGAUAACCUUUAGUUUCUCGUCAAUUCCUUGGUGGCUUGUAAUAUGAUCGUGUCUUUUCACUACUGUUACUGAGUUUGUGGAUAGUACUGCAAAUCCGGAUGCCCUAUUUGUCUGUCACAACCGUUUUUACUGAACAGGCGAGCUCUGUAAAUUUCAUGUUCCAGUUAUAUGUAUUGUUGCUGCUUUGUUAACUGUUUUUGUCUUCCUGUCACUAUAAGAAAAGUGGCCCUAUUUCCCUGGCUUUCAA